AUGCCCAGCUCGGGGCCAUCCGGACAGAGCACUCCCUCCUCAACCCACGAUAGCACCGCGAACAUCGUUCUGCCUUCGUUCACGGCACUGGCCUCGGCGACUGGGAACGCAGGCCAUCCCGCACCGUACACGUCCUACGAGAUGUCUGCUGCUGAGGCGCUGGCUGCGCUUCCCAGCAGCAGACCGUCCACAAGCCAUACCGAGGACGGCUUCCAGGACGGUGUCGACGAGAGUGACGAUGACGGGGGCAUCCCGCUGCUGGAGGACUAUGACCAGAGUCAAAAUUAUGGCCUCGAUCUGAGUCACAUGCCCGCAUCGUUCGCCUUACCGACGCUUUCCCCGCCAGACAUGGCCUAUUUCAUGGACGAGCCCCCGGUCCCCUUCAUACCUCCGACCGCCAUAAGCAUUCUGAACAAUGUUAAUUCCUACCCCUGGGUGGCGGCGCCGGCACUUGAUCAUCAUGUUUCAGCGCUCGAGGCCCUCUCUAUGGAUCAGGAUCACACGCCUCCAGCUACCAUGCUCCCGCCAGUACCAGAUCCCUUUUCUGUGAACGGUCUCGCGGAGUACAGCGGGACCCUCAUGCACCAACAUCUCCAGGACUAUAUGGCUCACGCCUACGAAGACCAUUUGAACCUGCAGGACAACACCGCUUUCAUGAGCCCGCACCUUUUCUACCUCAAGGAGUCGUCUAAGAAGGACAUUAUGAUGGGUCUAGAAGAGGCGGAAGGCGACCAUUUGUCCGUCAUCACCCGGGACGACCUGGCAGGGGAAGACCGUGAUUAUCAGGGUAUUAUUUGGUCGAAGCGUAUGCCGCGACGCGAGUUCCGGCAGAAGAGGAAGCAAGAGGAGAGGGCUAGACUGUCCAAAGCGAUGCGGCAAUACGGCCCAUCGCUCCCAUCGAUCCCCCCUAGCGAGAACUUCUUCUCGUUCCGGAGGAUGGACAAACGACAUCGACCGUGGGGUCCGCAUUUUCAACUCCGUAAUAUGAUAGCUGCUACUUCACGACAAGACAUAUACUAUGCAGAACGUCUGAAGGGUAUAUUCAGGACAGACGUAUCAGGAUCCGACGCCCAACCCAUCAUUGAUACAACCAAGCAUACUGUGAACGGCAACACGCCCAUGAUUACCACCAUGGCAGCCAUGGACGAUGUCUUGAUUGCUGGCGGAUUCGAAGGCGAGUACGCCGUGGUCGAUCUUGCCUCCAACAAUGGACCUCAUACCUCGAUGGACGUCAUCCGUGAUUGGGCUCCGGAGGCGAAGUCUUAUAUCACGAACCACGUUCACCUUUUCAACGAUCGCACCUCCUACACGCCACAAGCCGUCUUGAGUUCAAAUGACUAUAGUCUACGGGUACUAGACUGCGCGACCAACACCUUCAAGUACAAGUUCCCCUUCAAAGCGGCAGUGAACUGCUCCGCCACAAGCGCCGACGGACGAUUACGAGUGGUCGCGGGCGACUUUCCCGAAACACUGAUCACCAAUGCAGAGACUGGCGAGAUCCUCCAGACACUGCGUGCGCAUGAAGGGGACGCCUUCGCCUGCGCGUGGGCAGACGAUGGCAUCCAUGUGGCAUCCGCCGCGCAAGAUGGGACCAUUGCUGUAUGGGACGCACGCUCCUGGAAGCCCCUCACUGUGCAAUCCUCGGAACUCUCCAUUCCCCGCGUCCUUAAGUUCUCGCCCGUAGGGUCUGGGCCACGCGUUCUUGUUUCUGCAGAAGCAGACGAUUAUGUAUCCAUCAUCAAUGCUACAACCUUUGACAGCAAACAAGUAUUCGACUUCUUCGGGCAAACGGGCGGCGUCGAUUUCACGCCAGAUGGACAGAGCCUGUUCGUCGCGAACAGCGAAUUUGGGCUCGGUGGUAUCAUCGAGCUCGAACGAGCGGGCGGGUGGGAUGCCACGAGGAUCAAUGCAGGCGUCGAAAAUACGUGGCAGGAAGACGCACUCGUAGAUUGGGGCUACGAAAGCGACCUCGACGGCCACCACCGCGUGGCCUGCGGUGCUGAGGAAAGAAACCGACGGGGUCUCGACCUUGGCUGUGUAGAUGUUUGA